UUAUCUUUUCUGUAUCUAAAACCAGUUAUCAACAUGUUAUGUAGGAAGCCUAAUUUUUUGACAAGAACACACAAAGCAAAAACAUAAAAUGGGUCGUCCACAUGUUCUGGUAAUACCUUCCCCAGCACAAGGCCAUGUGAUUCCUUUCCUUGAGCUUUCACAACGCUUACUGCAGCAUGGCCUGAGGGUCACCUUUGUGAACACGGAUCAUACUCAGAAGCUGAUCAUCAACGCCUUGCAGGGAAAGAAGCACGUCGGAGAUGAUCCAGAACUCCAGCUAGUAUCGAUUCCAGACGGAUUGGAACCUUGGGAGGAUCGAAAUGAUUUGGGCAAGUUAUGUGAAUCACUUGUAAAGGUGAUGCCAGGGAAGCUGGAAGAGCUCAUACAAGAGAUGAACAACAAAGAGGAAGACGAAAAGAUCACUUGUGUUAUUGCUGAUGUGCAUGUUGGAAUGGUGUUUCCAGUAGCAGAGAAACUCAAAAUUAAUAAGCGGGCUGCGUUUUUGUCAACAGCAGCGGCGGCUCUGGCCUUGUACCACCGUAUACCCGAAUUGAUCGAUAUUGGAAUCAUUAACAAAGAUGGAACUGCAACGGAGAGUGGACGAAUGAUAGAGUUGGGAGCAAACAUGCCUACAAUCACGAGUGCAGAACUUGUGUGGAACUGUGGCGACUUGAUUACCCAGAGGAAUGUUUUUCAGCUUAUUGUUAAGGGCACAGACGGUACACAAAUGGCAGCUGACUACCUGAUUUGCAACACAACGUAUGACCUUGAGCCUGAAGCAUUCAACUUGGUUCCGAAGAUUCUUCCAAUUGGACCACUUUUAGCAAGCAACCGACAAGGAAAUUCAGCGGGAUACUUCUGGCCAGAAGACUCAACUUGCUUGACUUGGCUUGAUCAGCAACAACCUCGCUCAGUUAUUUAUGUUGCAUUUGGCAGCCUAACAGUUUUUGACAAGAUCCAAUUUCAGGAGCUUGCAUUAGGGCUUGAACUUACUAACAGGCCAUUUCUAUGGGUUGUGAGGCAAGAUAUUACUGAGGAUGCAAAUCAAGCCUACCCAGAAGGCUUUCAAGAAAAGGUAGCCAACCGUGGGAAAAUGGUGGGUUGGGCGCCACAACAGAAGGUUUUGAGUCACCCUUCAAUUGCCUGCUUCUUUAGUCAUUGUGGUUGGAAUUCCACCAUGGAAGGUGUAAGCAAUGGGCUUCCUUUCUUGUGCUGGCCGUAUUUUGGUGACCAAUUCAUUAAUCAGAGCUACAUCUGUGAUAAUUGGAAGGUGGGUUUAAAAUUUAACCGAAAAGACGGUAAGAUCAUCACACGAGAAGAAAUUAAGACCAAGGUGGAUCAAGUGCUGAGCGAUGAAAAUUUCAGAGCCAGAGCUUCGGACCUUCGAGAAAUGACAUUGAGAAGUGUCAAAGAAGGGGGUUUGUCUGACAAAACUUUCAAGGAAUUCAUUGAAUGGAUAAAGACACAUGAAGAAGAAUAGGAAACCUUAAGAUUAAUGGAUCAUUCCUGUGAAGAUUCUUUCAAGUAAAAGAUCCAUUGUAGUAGUCUAGAUUUUCUACUUGAACAAAUAAGCUUGUUAUUGUUGUUUCAUCGUUUUGUUACAGAAGCAAUUAUUUGUUUUCACAAACCUUUAUUAUGUGUGAGUUUUAGGGAAGAAAUUUUGUAACAAAUAUUGGGUUGGGUUUCCCUCCUCCACAUGGGGGAUGGCCCAAAGUUCACUUAUUAAAGUGAAGUCUAAAUAAGUUUUUUUUUUUUUCUCA